UGGCAUGCCACAGUAGCUUACUGCAGUAACCUCGUGGGUCUGUGAGGCGUGGCGCCACCCACGUGGCUCUGCCCUCCCUACAGUAUCUAGGCAUCGGAUGGGGCAGGUUUGUCUGGAGCGUGAGGAAGAGGCUGCCUGUGUCAUUAUGUGUGCGUCGGUCAAGUACAAUAUCCGGGGUCCUGCCCUCAUCCCAAGAAUGAAGAGCAAGCACCGAAUCUACUACAUCACCCUCUUCUCCAUUGUCCUCCUGGGCCUCAUUGCCACUGGCAUGUUCCAGUUCUGGCCGCAUUCCAUCGAGUCCUCCAGCGACUGGAGCGUGGAGAAGCGCAGCGUCCGGGACGUGCCCGUGGUCAGGCUGCCCGCCGACAGCCCCAUCCCCGAGCGGGGCGAUCUCAGCUGCAGGAUGCACACGUGCUUUGACGUCUACCGCUGUGGCUUCAACCCAAAGAACAAAAUCAAGGUGUACAUCUACUCUCUGAAGAAGUACGUGGAUGACUUUGGUGUCCCAGUCAGCAACACCAUCUCCCGGGAGUAUAACGAACUGCUCACGGCCAUCUCUGACAGUGACUACUACACCGAUGACAUCAGCCGCGCCUGCCUGUUCGUCCCGUCCAUCGACGUACUUAACCAGAACACGCUCCGCAUUAAGGAGACAGCACAAGCCUUGGCCCAGCUCUCUAGGUGGGAUCGAGGUACAAACCACCUGCUGUUCAACAUGUUGCCUGGAGGUCCCCCUGAUUAUAACACAGCGCUGGAUGUCCCCAGAGACAGGGCUCUAUUGGCUGGUGGUGGCUUUUCUACAUGGACUUACCGGCAAGGCUACGAUGUCAGCAUUCCCGUCUACAGUCCGCUGUCAGCUGAGGUGGACCUUCCAGAGAAAGGACCGGGUCCCCGGAGGUACUUCCUCCUGUCCUCUCAGAUGGCUGUCCACCCUGAGUACAGAGAAGACCUGGAGGCCCUCCAAGCCAGACACGGGGAGGCGGUGUUAGUCCUGGAUAAGUGCACCAACCUCUCAGAGGGCGUCCUCUCCGUCCGUAGGCGCUGCCACAAGCACCAGGUCUUCGAUUACCCCCAGGUGCUGCAGGAGGCCACUUUCUGUGUGGUCCUUCGAGGUGCUCGGCUGGGCCAGGCGGUACUGAGUGACGUUUUACGCGCCGGCUGUGUCCCCGUUGUCAUUGCAGACUCUUACGUUUUGCCUUUCUCGGAAGUUCUUGACUGGAAGAGAGCAUCUGUGGUUGUGCCAGAAGAAAAGAUGUCAGAAGCGUACAGUAUUUUGCAGAGCAUCCCCCAAAGACAGAUUGAAGAAAUGCAGCGGCAGGCACGGUGGUUCUGGGAAGCGUACUUCCAGUCAAUUAAAGCCAUUGCCCUGGCCACUCUGCAGAUCAUCAAUGACCGCAUAUAUCCAUAUGCUGCCCUCUCCUAUGAGGAAUGGAAUGACCCCCCCACUGUGAAGCGGGGCAGUGUGAGCAACCCACUCUUCCUCCCACUGAUUCCACCACAGUCCCAAGGUUUUACCGCCAUCGUCCUCACCUACGACCGAGUGGAGAGCCUCUUCCGGGUCAUCACUGAAGUGUCCAAGGUGCCCAGUCUGUCCAAGCUGCUCGUUGUCUGGAAUAAUCAGAAUAAAAAUCCCCCGGAAGACUCUCUCUGGCCCAAAAUCCGGGUUCCAUUAAAAGUUGUGAGGACUGCUGAAAACAAAUUGAGUAACCGAUUCUUCCCUUACGACGAAAUCGAGACAGAGGCUGUCCUGGCUAUCGACGAUGAUAUCAUCAUGCUGACCUCUGAUGAGCUGCAGUUUGGUUAUGAGGUGUGGCGGGAAUUUCCUGACCGGUUGGUGGGUUACCCAGGUCGUCUGCAUCUCUGGGACCAUGAGAUGAAUAAGUGGAAGUAUGAGUCCGAGUGGACCAAUGAGGUAUCCAUGGUGCUCACGGGGGCAGCGUUUUAUCACAAGUAUUUUAAUUACCUGUAUACCUACAAAAUGCCUGGGGAUAUCAAGAACUGGGUGGAUGCUCAUAUGAACUGUGAAGACAUUGCCAUGAACUUCCUGGUAGCUAACGUCACGGGAAAAGCUGUCAUCAAGGUAACACCGCGAAAGAAAUUCAAGUGUCCUGAGUGCACAGCCAUUGACGGGCUUUCGCUAGACCAGACGCACAUGGUGGAGAGGUCCGAGUGCAUCAACAAGUUUGCUUCAGUCUUCGGGACGAUGCCGCUCAAGGUGGUGGAGCACCGAGCUGACCCUGUCCUGUACAAAGAUGACUUUCCCGAGAAACUGAAGAGCUUCCCCAACAUCGGCAGCUUGUGAAACCCAUCAGUGACGGAGGUCUGAAUGUGACGCGUGGACAAAGUAGGGGAGCACAGCCUCCCGGCACCCUGAUAUCAGGGUGUGGGGGACCUUCAGUUGACACACUGGACUGUGACACCUAACCUGCUUCCUCGGGAACUGGAACCUGAAGAGAGCGUCUAAGCACCUUGAGCGCUGCGUGCACUAUUCUAGUGUUUCUUAUGACCCCGAUGGGUUCUUGCUGGAAAUGCCAAAUGGGAGCCUUUGUGGCAUACUCUGGGUUUAAAUGCAGCCCAGGCUCCCUUUGUUUGCAGGGAACAGUCUGAAAGGAAACUUCACUGACCCUCAGACUGUAGAGCAGACAGAACUGUCAACCAUGUUCGAUCUGGGGAAUCAUGUAAAUCGUGCCCAUAUCUCACCUUUAGCUAUUUCAGAUCAGUGACUUUUUAGGAGGAAAAGCCAAACCAAGAAUUUGGCACAAAAUCCCAGCAGCUUAGAGGGAUUUGACGCAUGCCCUAGGACCUGAGGCGCUGGACCCAGGCGUAGGUGGAGCACCCGGUGCUGAAUUGGGAUCCUGUAAAUUCCAUGAACCAUUCCUCUUUGGUUUGGCUUUUUAAUAUGAUUAAAAUAAUUUUUUAUUCCUUUUUACAAUAUGUCUUAAAUGCUGAUUAUUGGUAACCCAAGGAACUUUCUUUUUUGUGUGUAUUUUACCUCCAUCUUCUGGCCUUAACUCCAGUCUGUUUCCAAACCUCCUACCACGUUCAGGAGGACACACAGCCAAGAGGAAUAUCUGGUGCCAUGUGCCUCACGCAGAAGAAGAUCUCCAAGCUGUAAACAUGCUAAGACAAGAUGUCUCCCCAAACCUCCAAAGGACUCUGUUUGCUUCUUGAUCAGAUCCAGUCAGUUUUUCAUAGGUAUUCUUAGGGAAAAACAGAGGGCCUGUAAUAACCAUACACUGAGUUGCUGUAGCUGGUACCGUGUUGUAAAAGUCGAGGCAGUUGUGAUCCCCACCCCAAGGGGAUUCCAAAAUUUCCCUCCUUCUUUCGGUGUAAACUUAACGUUAGCCAGGGAGGUUCUGGCUAAUGUUAAAUACUGCUAUAACAACUGCUUUGCCAUAGUUGCCGGUAUAUUUAAAUCAUUAAAUUUCAGCAUUUAGUAAUACUGCACAUGUGUGAAUUAUACCUCUUUAAGCCCUGUUGAUGAACAAAUCUACUCUGGCAAAUGUUAGAUGUUAUGGAUUCGAAACAGAUUUAUCUGGCUCUAAUAUUAAGAUUAGCCACAGUUUGGGCUUUAGCCAUAACAUAUGUCCCCAGAACACAAAAUACAGAACAAUUUGCUUG